GACUUCCUCUUCGUUCUGUCUCAAGACAGACGCGACUGGCGAUUGGCUCUCAGCCGAACAUUCCUCCUUUCCUGCCUCUGGUUGGCAUAUGUCUACGCCCUGAUUCGCAGUCUUGAAGAGCUCCCUCUUAUCGAUUGUGUUGUGCUUAUUUGCACCUCACCCUGCUACCUCUACAUCUUCAGCUGGAUUAUACUGCACAAAAGAUUCCUGGCCUCUCGGGACAAGGUUAACAAAGCUUUCGGAUUCCGCUAUCUUAUGUGGUGUUUUCUGCUAUCAAACUGCAACUAA